AUGAUCCACGAGGCAAGCUUCAGGCAUCGCCUUCAGAUUGGUAGGGCAUCCAUGCUGCAGGUCCAUGCGAUGUGUGCUCUUGCCGCCAGAUUUUCCGAUAGUUAUCAUCUCCAGAAAUUUGCCCGUGGACAGCGGGGGAGGUUCUACAUCUCCGAAGCCGAGCACCUCGCCCAGCAAUCUCUUAUCGCUCCAAGCCUGGAAUCAGUCCAAGGCCUGAUCUUAAUUGGCUACUUCUAUGGAGGGGAGGGCGACACGAAAGCAAAGCACAUCUAUAGCGGACUUGCCCGAUUACACGCAGAAGCGUUAUCCUUUCCGGAUAUCCCCAAAGAUGCCAGUCCCAUGCGACAAGAGGAGUACCGUCGAACAUGGCUGUCUGUCUUUAUAGCCAGCCAUUGGACUACAACUGAUAUGUCCAUUGAACCCGUGUCAUUCACACAUACUCCCGACGUCGUUCUACCGGAGGUAGAUGAUGUAACUUUUCACUGCCUCAACGCGGAGAAUAUACAAGAAAAUACCUCACCACCAUGCAAUAUGUGGGCUCACAUGGCAAAGACACUUGAUAUAUUCAACAAGACCAGUGUCUUGCUCCGGCGGUUGAGCCAAUGUCUGAUCGACUUCAGCGAUUACUGCUUACAGGCGUCCAAGCUGCAGGCUUCCCUCGAUCAAUGGGAGCAGGACCUACCACCGGGUCUUGCUUACAACGAAGAAAACAUCAAGUCCCUAGUGAAACAAGGACUAGGUCGAACAUUCCUCGCGAUGCACAUUGGACCACAUCAUUUCCGUCAAAUGCUAUUUUUUCCUUUCCUCGACGACCGCGAGAAUGACGGCACUCCCCAACUAGCACGAAGAACCGCCCAGUGCAAAGAAAGUGCUAACAGAGUGUCCGAUAUCAUCAAAGACAGCACACACAUCGAAGGAUGUGACUUGAAUUACUUCAUCUACGGGCAUAUUGCCGUGAUAAGCUCAUGUGUUCACCUCCAUGCUCUACUCUUCAGCGGUGAUUAUGAUGAACUUUAUAUGGCGCGGAAACGAUUGGUCUCGAAUUUUGAAUACUUGAUGGACAUCAAGUCUUAUUGGCCCGUAGUUGAAUAUUCAGUUUCACGACUUCGAAAUUUCCAAAAGUCUUGCCAAGAUUCCAUGGCGGAGUCUUUCGUGUUGGACAACUGGAUGGUGCGAUUCUUGACGGAGCAUUCCUCCAAUCUCUCUGAGCGCCAGAUGCCCAAGUUGCAGCUAUCUGGAAGUUCAAAGAUUGGUCUCACUGAGUUAUCCGGACCCGAAGCAAGUGAUACUCAGACAGGCACUGGAAUUCAUGGCCUGUCAGAUCUGCUGCAGGAUCAGCAAGUGACCAGCACAGCUCUGGUGAACCAUGCUAUUGACUGGCUGCUUGAAUAA